AUGAGCCGGGGGAUCGACCCAACAACUCACAGGCCCAUCAACGAGCCCAACACCUCGCCAUCUUCACGAGAUGCCGCCACGAACAUAUCAUUCUCAGGCCCAAGCCCAAAGGCGGAGGAGAGGGUCAAAAGCCCAUGUAGAAGCCCCGGCAGCCCGGUUAGAGAAUUGCGGUCCCCCGACUUGAACCUGGAGCUCCGGAUUAGCCCACCGUACCAGCUGCCAAAGCAAGAGCCGUUAAAAACCGGUGGUUUAAGAGAUGAAAUUGAUUGCGACGGUAAAAAUGAUUCUGUUAAUUUAGUUAACGGCGGUAAAAGUAACGGUGGGUAUGAUUUUCUGGGGCUGAGGAGUGGAGUUUUGGACUAUAGAAGCUUGGAGAUGAAAUGA